CAGAGAAGUGCUCUCCUCACUCUCACACACUCCUCCGACACUGAACGUCUUUUCUCAAGAUGACUGCAGGGCUGUGUGUGUGUGUCGUGCUGGCAGUCUUGUGUACGAGCUGUUUGGGGCUCCCCUUCUCCUCCCAGCCUCUAGAUGAAGGCCACCGCUCCGCAUCCGCUGUUUCUGAAGCUCUCCUUGAGGGUGACACCCACACCUUGGGAGAGCAUCACCUUCAACACAGCCGCUCUGCCCCCCAGCUGAAAGCUCUUCCUCUGGCUGAGGAGGAUGCAGACUCCCGAGCAAAUCUCAGCGAGCUGCUGGCAAGACUCAUCUCCACCAGGAAAGGUUCUGUGCGUAGAAACUCCACGGCGAACAACAGAGCCAACGGACUGAGUGCCAACCACCGGAUAGCAGACAGGGACUACUUGGGGUGGAUGGAUUUCGGCCGCCGCAGUGCAGAGGAGUACGAGUACUCCUCGUAA